UUUGUGUACGAAACGCGAAAACAGAGUUAGUGUACCCAUAUUUGCCACGUCGUAAGGACGCGAUGGAUUUCACGGGGAAAGUGGUGUUACUAACUGGUGCUAGUUCGGGUAUCGGGGCCACCUCAGCCAAAGAAUUGGCAGGAUUCAACGCCACUUUAGCCCUAGUUGGUAGGAACGUUGAAAGAUUAAAUGCUGUCGCCAAAUGCUGUCAAGAACGCAAUGGCUUAGAACCAUUGACAAUCAACCUCGACUUGACAGAAGAAGGCAACUGUGAAGAAGCUAUAAAAAGGACGAUAAACAAAUUUGGAAAACUGAACGUGCUGAUCAACUGUGCAGGAAAACUCGUCCUCAAUUCUCUGUUUGAUGAAAACAUACUAUCGUUUGAUGAUCUUUACAAAAUCAAUCUGCGAGUGCCGUAUCAGUUGAUGCAUCUGGCUUUGCCGCAUUUGACCAAAACUAAAGGCAAUGUUAUCUUAGUAGCAGCCGGACAAUCUGACGUUUGUCUACCUGGUUUCCUUGGUUAUUCAAUCUUCAACACUGCAGUGGAAAGACUGGUCAAAGCAGCUGCAGUGGAUAUGAGCACUGUUGGCGUUAAAGUUAAUGCUAUAAGCGUUUCACUGGUCAAAACGAAUGCUCUUCAGAAUUUGAAUUUAAGUAAUGAAGAAUCAGAAAUGGUGUACAGUGAGUUGGAAAAACAGCGAUUGAUCAAAGCGUUAGAUCCUUAUGAUGUUGCAAAAAUGAUUAUAUUUGUUGCUAGUGGUGUGUUCCCGAGUAUCAAUGGAUCUAACAUUUAUGUUAAUAAUAGUGCUACUUUUAUGAUGUGAACAAAAACUAGUAUAUGAGUGAUUGUGUCUGAGAUAUCAUUGUUUUUUUCACUAUAGAUUUUAUUGAUUUUCAAAAUUUUCUAUUGCAAGGGCUUAUCAGCGUUAUGCAUAAAAUAAUCGAUUGUUUACGUGAAUCGUAAAAUAACAAACAAAAACUACAGAUUAGUUUUAACUUAUAAGUGUUUGGGUUUUCUUCAAUAAUCUUCUUAUCAGUUUUCAAUUUUUUAUUAUGAAGAAUUAAGUAUGGCGAAGUUAUCUAAAUACAUGUGCGUAUCUUAUCAAUAACUGGCAAAAAAUGUCGGCCAAAUAUUACUGUUACAUAGCCAUUGAAAAGUAUCGUAAAGAAAAUUUUAAUCAAAAUAUACAAGGUUAUAGCGAUUGCUAAUAGAAGUAACAUAAACGAUGUUCCUUCUUCAUAAUGUUUUUAUCAUAAUUCUCAUAUUCUUAUACUACAAAUUGAAGUAAUAAUUCUCAGAAUGUAUCUGUUUAAAAAAUGGAGUCUGAAUAUAUUCGCUGAAUAAUUUGCUGAAUGUAAUUACAACAUUAUUUCAUUUUACCCAUUCUAUAAAUACGAUUAGAAUUACACUUUUCUUUAAAAUUCAUAUGAAACGAGGUGACAAUUUUCUGUUAUUAAAUUAAAUACUUCAUAUUCCUAAUACAUUUUCGUGGAAAAUUUAAAAGUGGAAAUCUACGAGUAAUUAUUUCUCAAGUUUUACUUGAUUCGUAUGCCAAUAUUUUUGUUUGUGCUGUAAUAAAGU